CACGAGCUCGGUGAGGCGCUCUGUGAGAUGCGUUAUUCUCACUCAGUUUCUCACACCGAUUCAUACACAACAAAAGACGGGAGUUCAACUGUUUAAUUCAACUUUAAAACAGGAGCAAAGUUUUAAAAGGAUUUAAAAGAAAAAGUUGGACAGUUUCUCACCAUGCUUAAGGCUACACAGAAGAAUGUACAAGAAAGAGGAAGCAGAGGAAAGACAAAGGAUGCAGGUGAUGAGGCCUUUAGCCCCCGCCUCCCCCAAAAAGCCUUGCAAGGAAGAUCUACAGACCCAGGGGUAAUGGACAGCGGCCCUCUGCCAGUGCAGCCAUAUCCCACAGAAGAUGUGUUAAGAGUGGGUUUGACAAGAGGAGUGUCUCUUUCCCUCCCGUCCUCUCCCAUGCUACCCCUACGACAACCCUACAUGCUGCCGUUUAGACCCAGCACCAAGUCCACAGGUUCUGUCAGAAAGCCUAAGUAUGUCGACAGUCCUCACGUUCCUCUGGAUGCACUCAGCUGGAGCCUGAGGAGAAAGGAGCACAACGAUCCUCCCUUGCCAGUGAAGUCUGGCUCCUCCCCUGCCGCUCAGGAACUGAUGACACGGCUGGGAUUCUUACUGGGAGACGCCAUCCCCACCUCACCAAACCACUCCAUGGAGGCAAGAAACCAGUGUACACUUACUAGUCAGGGUGCAAGUCCAUCUUCCACUCUGACCAGCAGCACAGCUUCUCCCAGUACUGAGAGUGCGUUUUCAAGUCUGGCCCACAGUUCUGGCUCAGUGGAUCGCCUUCCAAAGUGUGGCUCCGGACUUAGCGGCACCACACUGAGCGUCACCACCACCUCUAUUACCACCCCCAGCUCCACACUGGAGAGCAAGGACAGUGGCAUCAUUGCCACAGUCACCAGCUCUAGUGAAAAUGAGGAGCGAUGUGGAUCAAGUCUGGAGUGGGGAAAAAAUACUGGUAGUGCGGCAUCCGUCAAAGACAUUGGACGUCAUGCUCCCCCAUACACAACUCCCAAGUGUGCUGGAGAGCCAGUGCAGCUCUGUGAUGCCCAGCUCAAGAAUGCUACAGCAACAGAACAACCCCCAGCCCCCUCAGAUGGCCUUACGCCAUAUCACAGCACCUCGCUGAUCAUGCCCAGGCCAAACUCAGUGGCAGCCACCAGCAGUACUAAGCUAGAGGAGUUGACGUAUCUGGACGAACAAAGGAAUGCACCCAUGCGCUCUUCUCUGCGGGGUCCCUGGCAUGGAGCACAUACAAGCGGUCGCAAUCAGGAGACAAAAGCUCGGUUCACCUCAUACAAGGCAGUUGACAUCAUGCUCAAACCCUUGCUGUUUGAGGUGCCAAACGUUAGCAUGGACACUGUGUUUGUGGGCCGGGACUGGCUGUUCCAGCGUUUAGAGGAGCUUCUGAGUGGUGAGGGGUCUGAUGUGGGGCCAGGCCGCGGGGCUGUUAUGGUGGGCAGCGUGGGCUUCGGAAAAACUGCAAUCAUAUCUAGACUGGUUGCCCUCAGCUGUCAUGGAGGUCGGAUGAGACAGAUCGCCUCCAACAGCCCUGGAGCAUCCCCCAAGUGUGGAAGUAGAGGUGAUUCCUCUUCCCAUGCCAGCCAGCUAAACUUACCAUCUCAGAGCCCCCAUCGGAGCAGCAGCUGCCCCCCCACCCCCGACACACAUCGACACAGAGAGGAAGCCGUCAAGCGCCUAGCCAGCAAGGUUGUAGCGUAUCAUUACUGCCAGGCUGAUAACACCUACACGUGCUUGGUGCCGGAGUUUGUGCACAGCGUGUCUGCACUGCUGUGUCGUGCUCCUAGGCUGGCCGCCUACAGGGAGCUGCUCGUGAGGGAGAACCAGUUACAGAGUCUGCUGAGUCUGCGAUCUUGUGUGCAGGACCCAGUUGCAGCCUUUCGACGAGGGGUACUUGAGCCCCUUAUCCUCCUUCGCAAGGAAAGGAAAAUUGCAGAAGACGACUACAUAAUUCUGGUGGACGGUUUGAAUGAAGCCGAGUUCCACAAGCCGGACUACGGAGAUACAGUUGCUUCUUUCAUCACCAAGGUUAUUUCUAAGUUUCCCACGUGGCUCAAACUGGUUGUCACUGUGAGGCCGAACCUGCUGGAAAUUACCAGUGAGCUACCCUUCCCCAUCAUCCCUCUGGAUGACGUCCACGACAACAAACACAUUUCUGCUGACCUGCAAUCCUAUGUACAGCACCGUAUUGAGAACUGUGCCUCUAUUCUUAGCAACAUUACCAUCAACGGCAAAGCUGAUCCAGCUGCUGCUUCCAAGCUUAGCUCACACAUAGUGGGUCGCAGCCAGGGCUCCUAUCUUUACUUGAAGCUCACCUUGGACCUGUUAGAAAAAGGUCACCUGGUGAUCAAAAGCACCAAUUAUAAGGUGCUUCCUGUAUCUCUGGCAGAGAUCUUCCUACUCCAGUGCAAGUUAAAGUUCCCAACAGCGGCCGCUUUCGAGCGUUUGCUGCCAGUACUGAAUGUAGCUCUAGCCACACUGCACCCACUUACAGAUGAGCAGCUGUUUCGUGCACUCAACGCUGGUAGUGUGAAAGGCACACUUGAGUGGAAUGACUUUCAGCAACGCAUGGAGACACUUUCAUGCUUCCUGAUUCGACGGCGUGACAAGACACGCAUGUUCUGCCACCCCUCUUUUAGGGAAUGGCUUGUGUGGAGGGCAGAUGGAGAGAGCUCUGACUUGCUGUGCGACCCUAGGAGUGGACAUGCCCUGAUGGCCUUCAUGCUCUCUCGACAAGAGGGUAAACUAAAUAGACAGCAGACCAUAGAGCUUGGUCACCACAUUCUCAAAGCUCACAUAUUUAAGGGACUGAGUAAGAAGACAGGUUUGUCCUCCAGUGUUCUUCAGGCCAUGUGGAUUAGUAACAGUACAGAGAGUCUGUCUGCCGCACUCUCUUCACUCAGAAACCUUUACACACCCAAUGUCAAGGUGUCCCGACUACUCAUUCUGGGUGGAGCGAGUGUUUGUUAUCGCACUGAAGCUCUGAACAGCUCCCCCGUGCUGUGUGUGCAGUCUCACUUGGGGCAUCUGGAAAUGGCGGCUCUGCUGUUGGAGUUCGGGGCACCAGUGGACAGUGUAUCUGAGAAUGGCAUGACAGCUCUGUGUUACGCCUCUGCCUCUGGGCACUUGGAAGUUGUUACUCUGCUCUGCAGAAAGGGGGCAAAGGUCUAUCAUGCGGAUAAGAGUGGGCAGUGUGCAGUAGUACAUGCUGCUCUAAGAGGUCAUGCAGGUAUACUGCAGUAUCUGUUAGAGCAGGAUUGGAGCUCUGAGUUCCCACAGCCAGAGCAUGAUACCAAGAAUAAAAUACUUCAGCAAGCACUCAUUGCUGCUUCAAGCAUGGGACAUCUACAGGUGGUGAAAAAUGUGCUGGCACUGAAUACAGAAGACCAGAUUAAUGGCCAGGACACUCUAUGGGGAGAGACAGCUCUUAGUGCUGCUGCUGGCCGGGGCAAGCUGGAGGAGUGUGUCUACCUACUGGAAGAAGGGGCCACGGUAACACAGGCGAACCGGAAGGGCUUGACUCCUGUAUACACUGCUGUGAGACAUGGACACACACAGGUAGCAGAGCUUUUGCUGCAACAUGGUGCUGAGAUUAACGUCUCUGACAAACAUGGCCGCUCUUUGCUGAUGGUGGCAGCCAGUGAAGGUCACCUGUCCACUGUCGAAUUUCUUCUUUCAAAGGGAGCCAGCCUGACAGCAGUGGAUAAGGAAGGCUUGACGCCUCUCAGCUGGGCUUGUCUAAAGGGGCAGAAGAGUGUAGUGGAGCUUCUGGUGGAGAGAGGAGCGCAAAUUGACGGCGCAGAUAAACAUGGACGCACCCCUCUCGACCUGGCCGCUUUCUACGGAGAUGCUGACAUAGUGCAUUACUUGGUGGAGCGUGGUGCUGUGAUUGAACACACAGACUACAGUGGGAUGCGGCCCCUUGACCGCGCCAUCGGCAGCCGCAACACUUCAGUGGUAGUCACCCUGCUAAAAAAAGGGGCCAAGCUGGGCUACAGAACAUCUCCAUAUGAUCGAUCAGGAAAUGCUGCCUGGGCCAUGGCCACUUCCAAACCAGACAUCCUUAUCAUCCUACUUCAAAAGCUAAUGGAGGAGGGUAACCUACUCUAUAAGAAGGGGAAGAUGAAGGAGGCAGCCCAGAGGUACCAGUAUGCACUGAGGAAGUUUCCAAGAGAAGGGUUUGGGGAAGACCUGAAAGCCUUUAGAGAACUCCGCGUAUCUCUCUACCUCAACCUGUCCCGCUGUCGCCGCAAAACCAAUGACUUUGGCAUGGCAGAGGAGUUUGCCACUAAGGCUCUGGAACUGAAGCCAAAGUCGUAUGAAGCUUUCUAUGCUCGUGCUCGUGCUAAGAGAAGCAGUAGGCAGUUUGCGGCAGCACUGUCUGAUCUCUUUGAGGCAGCCCGUCUGUGUCCAAGUAACAGAGAGAUCAGACGCCUGCUGUCACGUGUGGAGGAGGAAUGCCAUCAGCGCCCAGGCACCAAACACAUGCUGCCUCAUGCCCAUGCCUCACAGCAUGAGGAUGACGACGAUGACGAUGUUGAGGACGAUGAUGACGAUGAUGAUGGUGAUUGUGAUGAAGAGGAGGAAAUGGAAAGCAUCCGUGCGUCCGUGAAAAGCUCAGACAACCGGGGCCUGAAGCUGGUGCAGCCUGAGGAGGAGGAAGAGGAGGAGGAUGAGCAGAAAGAUCUAAGUCGUCAUGAGAAAAGGAAGGAGAACUGGCAACAGAGUCAAACCCUGCCAGAUUCUCUAGGCUUGGCACUACCAGCUGCCCAGUCCAGUUCUCCCUCAACCCACAGACACCUUCCUUCCCGACAGGCACAGAGCAUGAGAAGCAGAGAAAACCAUGGCCACCAAAGGGCCUGCUUUCGCACCAGGGAGCGGAAGGACGCACAGGAAGGUCCCAGUAUUUUAAGCCCCCUUGACACUGUACCCCUGGCACCAGAUGCUGCUUUUGAGUCAAGGGGGGAGUUCUGCAGAAGUAGCAGCAUGCGUGUGUCCAGCUCCUCUGGAAGCCUGGCCUUCAGUGGUCACCUGGCAGACAAGGGGCGCAACCGCAGCUCUAUUGCCAACGAAAAUACAGCUGAUAUGUCCACCAGGCAAAAUGAUCACAAACCACGCCCAUUUAUGGGGGUCAUGGACAAGACAGCACGCUUCAACCAGCAGCAACAACCACCACUGCAGGGACAUCACCACAGCCAACAAAUGCAUGGCCACAGCUGGCAGGGUCACGGGACGGACGGACUGAGUACACACUCACAGGGACUUUCCUGUGACCUGCAAUACCCUAAAACAGGAAGUGCUUACCAGGAGGCCUUUCAUAACGGCACACCCACAGGUGAGCUACACCGGGAAAAGCCCCACCCAGCCAGCUCUGGCUACAAGGAAAGCAGUGCAUCAAUGGGCCCUCAGCAGCACUACAGUGAGCAUAAACACAAGCAGGCAAGCCUGGCACGGGACAAUCCCAUCCUCAUCAGUUCCAUCAAACCAAAACGCUCCUUCAUAGAGUCGAAUGUGUAGAAAUGGAGCACAAAUUCCAUAAUGGCUGCUACUUUAAUGGAAUACUUCAGUGUUUUUUAACCUGUCAUUUAACUGACAAUUAAUUAUUGUACAAAUCCAAUUCUAAAAAACCAGUUGGGACAUCAGGAAAAAUCUAAAUAAAACG